GGUCGUUUUUAAAUGAACAUUCAGUGAAAACAAGGAAAACUCGGCCCUCAGGUAUAUGGCCUUAUUUAAAUUUUCAAAGUGGGGACAGAACUAAGUGGCUCAAGUGGUUUCCUCAUCAGAAAAAAUAAGUUCUCUUAUAAGAUGCUUCUCCAGCCCCGUCCUUUAAUUUAUGUACUCUCCCUUACCGUUUUUGGGAAUGUUAAAUGCCAGACAGAAAUCUUCGAAGGGUGUUGCUAUGGAGAUGAAAACUUUCCCCACGGGUCUGCGGUGUUUAGUCAUCCUAAACGGUGCUUCCAAAUAAUCUGCCAGAAUGGUCGCCUAAUUCCUACGUAUGUGAACCAAAAAGGAGACCAGAACUGUUGCGAGUUUAAUGGUCGCCUGACACCAAAUGGUAAGGAACUUAGUGGUCACUGCAUGAUAAUGAAAUGCGAAGCCGGGAUCUGGAAGCCGUCUGGGAAAAUAGAAGACUGUUGCAGCCGCUGUUCCCUGUACGACGACCCCCACAUCACGACGCUAGAUGGCACCAAGUAUGACUGGCACAGUCCCUGCAAUUACUCUGUAGCUCAGACCUCCUACACCACAGAGCCUGACGUCGGGGUGUUCAGCAAGUUUCAGGGAUGCAACGUUAUCGCCUCUUGCUUGAGCCAGACCACUUUCAGAAACGACCCCAACACGAUCAUCACUUUGGACCACGGCGAUGUUACUCGGGUGAAAGGUAACGGCUAUGAGAAUUUAGUCCAAAGCCAAGCGAGCCAAGUUCAAUCUCAGGAUGGGAAGCUACCAGUUUUGGCAUGGACGCGCGAGAACUGCAUUUUCUUGAUGGGAUCCUCCAAGCUCUUGAUACUGCACUGUCCUCAUCGCUUGGACAUCUGGGCCCAUCCAUUCCACCUAGAAAGACUCGAUGGCUUGUGCGGUCACUACAACGGCGCCCCAGAAGACGAUUUCACGGACAGAUACGAGAGGGUCCACGCCCUUUCGUACUGGCCAAUGGCAUUCCCGCAUUCUUGGCUGGCACCUGAGCAGUCAGACUUCCAAUGCGACGUAUGGUGUCCGGAAUGUUUUGAGGAAACUACGGUCGACCCCUGUCGGGCAGCUCCUGAACGAAGGAGGUACUUCGAGGCAUUGUGUAGGGAACCCCUGAAGCAUCUCCAGGGCACGAAGGACUUCGACCAUUACAUGGAAACUUGCGCUUUUGACUUGUGCGCCAUCUACCAGCGUGGAGGCAACGAAACUAACGCCAGGAAUUGGGUGAGAGACGUUGAGAGAAUGAUCGCAGUUGUCAAAGAUUUGUAAUGAGUUGUAACGAAAAUAAUAUACUCUUCAAAAUGA